CUCCACUGUGAGCAUUUUAAAUCCAGCAGUGACUGUCAGGUAGUUUUAGCAAACUAAUUUCACCUGUUGAACUCAAAUGUCACUCUUUUUUUUUUUUUACACAGUGUUUAGAUAUAUGUAGCUAACAUCCUCCAACUGCCGCUAUGCUAGCAGCAGCCGCCUCUUCGCCGGUUAACUGUCACAUAAAGUCAAUUUUGUCUCAAACCUGAGCCGAAACUGGUAAACGCUUUUGCAGAUAGUCUAGUUCUGGCGACACCUGGUGCAAAAGUUACGCGAAUGUUGGCGUUUGGUAGCGCUAACCUUAGAGCAUUAUAUUAGCCCAUAAUCUUCAUUUUAGCUGCCCUACGCACAUUCAUUAGCAUCGUGGAAAACAAAUUUACUACUAAGUUACACCGUAUUUGUGGCUAACGAUGACUGGCUAAGAUAUCCCUGACAGGAAAGCCAUCUCUUACGGGUUUGUUCGAGGGUUUUUCCAGCUGGUUAGACUGACGCUCACUUCAGUGUCGUGUAAGUUGGUGAUAUCAACUGUCAAGGGCAGGGAAGGAAGCUUUCACUCGGGGCCCCCCUUUUGAAGAAGCUGUCGGCAAAGUGUGGGAACUUCAUACAGGAGAACUAGGACCUGGGGCGCCAAGCUUUUGUGAGGAACACAUCACCCAAAAGGAGGCUGAAAAGGGCCUGCAGAAGAAGUGCAGUGGUGAGCCCAAGAACGACCAGGAUGAGUUGAAUGACUCUUCAUUCAGUGGGAUUUGAAUGUGGAAGAUAUGCAGAGCACCAUCCUGGCUCUCCAGCAGCAGCGUAGGGAGGCUCUGCAGCCAUCUCUGCAACCUGGCAUUCGGCUGCCACAGACUCAAACCAAAACUCACAUGGGCACAGAUGGACAAGCAGCUGAUGCAGGAGGCAGUUUUCUGCACAGUGCACUCUGAAAGUGAGAACCCAAAGGCAUCUUGAAAUAGAAACUGAAAAGAGGAGGAGGAGGAGGAGGAGGAAGAGGAGGAGGAGAAGAGAAAGGAGGGGGUUUUGAGUGAGAGCAUUGGUAUGCCCAGCUUAAUACCUAGCAUGGCCGUGCAGAAGAAACACACUGUCGUCCCUCCAUCGCAAGGACCGCUUUCCACACAUACCAUCGAGAGCCAAAGGAAUGGGAAUGGACUUGGGAGAACAGGAGAGAGUGGCUCUCAUAUCAAACCAAAUUCACAGGCCAAGAAAGCAGCCUGUUCUGUCAACAAGUCUGCCCAAAUCUGCAACACAGUUACUCCACGGUCCACUGCAGUGGCUAAUGGACUAAAUGUUGAUGAGAGGCUGAAAGCAGCACGAGAACGAAGAGAAGAGCACCAGAAGUUACUUGCCUCUCGGGAACUGAGCAGGUUGGAGCGGGAGCAGCGGGCCAGGCGUUACUAUGAACAACAACUGCGGGAGCGCAAGAAGAAACUGCUGGAGCAGAGGCUCAAAGAGGAGAAGAGGCGUAUUGCUGUGGAAGAGAAGCGCAAGCAGAAGCUGAAGGAGGAGAAAGAGCGAUAUGAAUCUGCAGUACGCAAGACGCUGGAGAAGAGCCAAAGGGCCCAACAGAAUCUCAGUCAAAACUCAAGAGGAAGGAAGCUCACCAAGAAUGUUCCACGUCAGUUACCUCUGACAACAUGGGAGAAGAACUUGGUCAGUCGCCUCGUUACCCCCACAUGCUCUUAUCUGGCCAGGAGCAAGAGUGCUGGCUGUGAGUCAGGAGAAGAAGUUUCAUUCCACUCCAUGAAUACCACCAACACUACCACCACCCCUCACAAACCCCAGCACCACUCUGGUUCAGUCCAACACAGGCCAUCUGCCUCCCCCAGUCCCAACAACAGAAGCAUCAAUCUGGCACAGAUCAAAGCAGCAAGACAGCAAGAUGCUAAUAAGAAGAACUCAAACAGGAGCUCAAGUAUUAGAUCAACUGCCAGUGUGAAACCAGCCACAGUUACAAAAAGCAGAACAACCUCCCCCUCACCAGAACGGACUCCCCGAAAAUCAAUCAGCAGACAUUCAACCCCGCUGCAGCUCGAGCUUCCAUCGGUCCCUGAGGAAGAUCUCGCCGUCUGCAGUUCUGCCCUCGCUCCUGGUAACUCAAGGCCUGUCAGGACAUCAGCUGAAAGUCAGCACAAGAAAAUGAGGGAUGAAAAAGCACCAGAGACUCCUUGUUUGAGCCUGCCCGACAAGGACGCAGAGGCUAUAACCAGAACAGCAGGAGAUGGAGGUCCUUCCCAGAGGCCUCCUCAUCCAGCUCCGCAGCCUCCUGAAGUUGUGAGCAGGCCCUCAGCUGGGACUAGAGACCCAGAGGAGGCCUCACGUCUCCUGGCUGAAAAGCGGAGAGAGGCCCGACUACAACGGGAGAGAGAGGAGCAGGAGCGCCUGCAGAAAGAGGAGGCAGAAAGGCGGAGCCGGGAAGAACUGGAGCACAGGAGGGCAGAGGAGCGAGCACGACAGCAGGCCGAGGCUCAGCGUCUGAUAGAGGAGAAGAGGAGAAGGGAGGAAGAGGAGCAGAGACGAGCUGAGGAGGAGAGAGCUCAGGCCAUGAGGGAAGCCGCCCUUCUGCAGAAACAGAGAGAGGAGGAGCAAGCCAAAGAGAGGACAAAAGCAGAGCAGAUGAAACAAGAGCGACAGUUGCUCAUGCAGAAAGAGGAGGCAGAGCGCCAAGCAAGAAAAAAGCGACUUGAGGAGAUCAUGCGGAGAACCAGAAGGACAGAUUCUCCAGAUACAAAGUCUGUACCAGCGAGGAUCUUGCCAAAUGAAGCCCAACCAAAGGAAAACACAGAGCCUGUGCACAACGGCACUAUAGAAGAUGCCGUCAAGCUGCCAGUGGGGACUAAGUCCUCACAGCUGGGGCUGAACACUGAGGUGGACAUGGUACCUGUUGUGGCCUUCAAAGAACGCAGGUCUCUCAGAACGCUCACUGGCCUGGAGGAAAUCCAGACCCACCAACGAGCAGAGGUCAUCUGAGCGCCUGCAACGUGAGCAGAGGUUCAAAGACUCUGUUGGAAAGCCGUGAUUUCUCUGUGAAAGAUGGGAAUUCCUGCAGCACAGCCAGUUUGCUGCCCUUCAGCACCUUGAGAGAGCAUGUAAAAUUUACAGCCUUGCCUCACGGAGGUCGUCAGCAUUUGGUCACUUUUCUGUGUGCAAACCACUCGCACAAAGCAUUGGGCAAGUUAGAUAUUCAUUUCUUCAGCACAGCAGGUUUCUGAACCAAUGGUGACUAUCCAGAAAAAAAAAAAAAAAAAA